AUGGCCUGCGAUGCCUUUGCAAGAGAACAGCUGGGUGGUGAAGUCGCUCCGGUAGCUGUGCAGGGCGUAUGCAGCUAUACGGUCUAUUCUGGGCCGAAUGACGAAUUUGCCGCUCAAUUCCGCCUCAAGCGUUCUUGUAUGAACAUGGACACAGUAAAUUUGGCACGCACAAUUUAUGGAGGUUUGGCUCCUAAAGUCGUCUUUAAGGGACAGAUUGGGGAAGAUGUGGAGGGAAAAGAGGCCCUUUAUAUCUAUGUCAUGGAUAAAAUACAGGGAAUUAGCUACUUGGAUUUUAUCCUGGCCCCUAACAAUCAAUUCCCCGAGAAUUUAGUCAAGUUCUUUGCGCUUUCGUGGAAGUCACCACAAGUUGUUGAUCAAAGCUACAGCAACAGUCUAUACAAUCAAUAUAAAAGUAAGCUUGAGUUACUACUCAUUUCUCUCCCCGACCAAUAUCACUCCUUGAACCAGAAAUUUAUCAGCUCUUUACAUGCUAUAUUUUCUCUCCCCAUGGUGUUAUUACAUAGGGAUUUUGGUGUCUGCAAUAUCAUGGUGAACAAAACCACAUGCAAUCUAGUUGGGGUGGUGGAUUGGGCCGAAGCAGAGGUUGCACCAUUUGGCCUAAACCUUCACUCCCACCAACAACUGAUAAGUAAGGUCCAUCUCAAGAGCGGUUGGAUGAGAUACAACAAUUAUGUCACAUUGGAGGAUAUAUUCUGGGGCACUUUCAAUAAUAAGACUAGAGGACUGAGCAAUGAGACAGUCAAUACAAUCGAAGCAGCGAGAAAUGUCGGCUUAUUAUUGUCACACGGCUUCAGUAGUCAUCUUUCAAAGACCACGGAGGCAGUACCUAUUCGGGAUGAUGAAAGUAGUGCAUACAACAUGCGUGACCUAGAUGGGUUGUUAAUCAAUCCGGCCACGAGAUUUAUAGAUCUGGCAUAA